AUGACUCCGCAGGGGAGACCAAACAACCCACAACCUGGCCAACAACUGAAUAGGCGGAAAGAGGAACAGUACCAAGCCCAGAAGGAGAUCCAUCACACCACUGUGUGCCACUCAGAUGCCUACAAAGAAGAAAAGUUCCAUGCCAAGGUGACCAUUGAAGGGGGACUAUGCAAGAUGGAGCUGGACACAGGAUCAUAUUUUACGAUUGUGUCCUGGCAGACCAUUAAGAAAUUGAACCCGACAGCCAGCAAGAAGCUCCUCAAACCACCAAACGUCCAGCUCAACGACUACCUGGGGAACCAGAUCCAAGUCCUAGGAAGAAUGGAGGUCAAGGUAGUGUUUCACAAAUUCCAGUGCUGUCUAUCUCUCAUGGUUAUCGCCAGCCACCGACCAUCCCUACUGAGAGUGGAAUGGUUCAAGCCCCUGGGGCUAGACAUCACCUGCCUGCAUCAAAUCUCAAUCCACAAUCUGUAUUGGCUACUGGCAGAGUUCACAGACGUCUUCAACGGGGGUCUAGGCUGUUCCUGGGCUGCUGCUGCCCUCCUGCUGCUCUUUGGAGCUCGCGCUUUCCCUAUCGGAGAUUCCUCCGGAGAAGAGGAAUUUGGAGAGGAUCCCUCCUCCAGAACUUCGGCAGCCGGGCGCGUCCAGCUGAACGUUCCGACAGAGUUGGCUCUUUGGCUACAAGGUACUGCAGCAACGUGGAAUCAAGAGGAAGAUACUCAUCACACUGCUACAGAUAUAACAUUACUACGCAAUGGCAAAUUACAAUUUGUGAACAAUGUAGCCUACACAUAUAUUUGUGAGGCAGAUUAUCAUUGUGCAAAUGAAGAUUUUGGACCACCUGCAAUCAAUUAUAUCUUUAUAUUUUACCAGCUGUGCAAGGAGCAAAAUGCUUGUAAAGGUACAAUGGAAAUUAUGGCACAAAAUAAUCUCAACCUUCCAAAGAUAAUUAAAGAAGAUGGAUGCUACCAGCCUGGAUUCCAAAAGGAAAGUUGUCUAAGAAAACUUUCAAGUGGCCUCUAUACAUUCAGAACAUUCUUAGAAUAUAUAGAAGAAACUACGCAAAGAAGUGUUUCUGUAUCAAUAGGCGCACAGAACCUGGCAGAAACUUUGAAGUCAAUGAUGAACAAUCCUGAGACUGUGAGCAUGCCAUCUCCUGACGCUCAGAAAACUCUUGCUGCAAAGUUAAGAGAACAGAGAGCUUGGAAUAUUAUAGUGAUCAAGCACUUUAUUCUUCAAGAUUUUACUUUAUUUAUGGAGACCACUUCAAGAGUUAUUCGCCUUCUAUAACGAGUUAACUGUAAUGCCUGAAUGCUUUAAAUCAGGCAUAUCAAAUAUCCACAUCUGAAACAGAUGUCAUGGUUGUUCUCCUGAGAGAAUUUAUUUUUUAGAUAUAUACUUAUUUAUAUUAUAUAAUUUAUUUAUGGUAUUUAAUAUAUUUAUUACAUAUUUUAAUAAUUUUACUUCAGCCUAAUUUAACUUUACUAAAUAAUGUACAAUUAUAUUUUUGUGAAACAAUGUAAUAUUAAAAUAUUUUUAAAAAGAAAAAAAAUCCUGUGAGUUUAUAAUCGUUAGCAAUCGUUACUUAUAUACCGCUUCAUAGGGCUUUCAGCCCUCUCUAAGCGGUUUACAG